GCUCCCUCCAGGUCGUGGCCAAGUGGUCCACGUAGGAGGGGGCGGAUGAUCACAGCUAUAAAUGGUACCAACCAGCCGUUCUCCAGGAACACAAAACGUCCGACCACGGCUGGAGCGGAAACGAGCGAGUACUGGCCACCACCAGCAGCGCCAUCUCACUUUUUUUUUUGUUUACCAGCCGGGAGAACGAUAAAGGAUCAUGAGAGGAUUGAUAAUUUUAGUUGCGGUGGUAGCCAGCAGCAGGGCCGGUUUCCUAAACCCAGGAUCCUACAACGAACCCCCAAUCCACCCUCAACCAGUACCUCAGAGGUUCGCACCCCCUGCGCCAGUUGGUCAAGAUGGCAACGUGAUCGAUACACCGGAAGUGGCGGAAGCUAAGGCCGCCCAUUUUGCAGAAUUCGCAAGAGCUGCUGCGAGAGCGGCCGAACAAUUGAAAAAUCAACCCCAACCUGAUGAAUACAGCCCUCGUGCGCAGGCACCUUCUUAUAAUUACCCCCAGGUGCAACCUACGGUUCCUACUUAUGUUCGGCAGCCGAGUUAUCAAUCCUCUGCACCUGUUUAUCAAUCUGCUCCAGUACCAGCGCCCAUGUACAGCCAGCCAAGCCCAGUGUCGUAUCGUCAGCCGCAGUACUCUGGAAAUACGAAUUACGUAGGCCAACAGAACUAUGCACCACCGGUUAAACCAACCCCAUUCGUCCCUGCACCCCUCGCUGAGGAUGGCACAGUAAUCGAUACACCGGAAGUGGCUGCUCUUAAGGCCGCCAGGUUAGCGGAGUUGGCGGAGGCUGAGGCGAGGGCGUUCAAGAUGGCGCAACAAUUCAAACAGGAAGCUCAAGGCCAAGCUUAUGGAGGACCAGCACCAGGACAAUCUCCAGUACCCUACAACACUGGACAAUACAGUGCUCCUGUAGGACGAGUAUUUCCAGGACCAGGACCUGCAUAUCCUUCGCCACAAGCUUCCUUCAGCAAGCCUGCUUUUCAACCUCACAACUACCAAUCACAACAAUUAGUCGGUGCUUACUGAAAUUCGGACAAAAUUUACAAUUGUACAUAAUUUAGGCCAAUAAAUUGUUCCCUCCUUUUUUUUAUAAAAUAGG